AUGGAUAGCGAUGUGAGCAAUAGUUGCGAAGAGCCGUCGACUUCGAGCAAAGCGUCGUCGUCCUCAUCGACACCGGUUGUGACGAUUGUCACCGAAGACCGGGCCAUGUCUUCCUCGACUUCAAAUAGUAGUAGUAAUAAACGAAAUGGUGGCGAAUGUGUGGUCACAACAACAACAACUGCUGUCCCGACGACCAGUCAGACACCGGAACCGCCGACCGUUCACUCGACGGUUAAACGAAAGUUCCGUUCGCUGAGCUUCGGUCGCCGUAAGAAGACUUUACAGUGUUUUGCAAACAAUAAAUGCAAACAACAGAGCAAUACCUCUUGUUGUGCUAACUGUGAGAAUAGUAAGUGUAAUACCAAUGCCGGGCCCACACGCAAGAAGAAGCACUCGUCGGGAAUGUGGGUUCCGUUUACCAAACUGUGCGCCCGAACCGAGUCGUGCGCUGAUGUGACACAAGCGGAAGCGAGCACGUCGUCCGGCGGCGACGCCUGUGUUUGUACCGCAUAUAAGAAGACGGGAGAAUUGCACUCUCCGUCGGCCAGUGAUGUGCCGCCGAGCGCUUCGACUUCGAAGUUGGAUCGAUUCAAUCGAUUGCACAAUAUUACAGAUAUUGAAUCCAAUCGCGCUUUGAAUGGAUUACGCGCUCGUGAUUUGGCCACAAUCGACGAGUUCUCGUCGACUUCGCGGCCAAUUAAUACGUAUGUGGAGACCAAUCCGAUGGCCUUCAGUUUGGCGAAUGGUAGCAGCGGUAGUGGCGGUGACAGUCCCGUCGCCGGCACGUAUCAACUGCUGGCCAACGGUCAGCGCUCGAGCGAAGUCCGCAGCGUUCAGGUGAAGGUGUCUGAGUUGGCGCUGGCGUUGCGGAGCCAACUGGCGCUGACAGUAAGCCCGUACCCAUAUCUGGCGCGAUGGGGCGAAGUGGCGGAACUGACGCCUGGCUUUCUCAACCGAUUCUGCGUCCGUUCCGACUCGGCUCAGGGCCUGAGCGAUGGCCAACAGAUUCACACGCAAAUCGAUUACAUCCACUGUCUUGUGCCGGAUCUGUUGCAGAUCUCCAACUGUAGCUUCUAUUGGGGCAAAAUGGACAGGUAUGAGGCGGAACGGCUGCUCGACAACAAACCGGAGGGCACUUUCCUGUUGCGCGACAGCGCACAGGAGGAGCACCUGUUUUCAGUGUCAUUCCGGCGCUUCGAUCGCUCACUUCACGCCCGUAUCGAGCAGUGGAACCACGCGUUCAGCUUUGAUUCGCACGAUCCGGGCGUCUACUCGUCCGACACUGUGUGCGGACUUAUUGAGCACUACAAAGACCCGUCUCAUUGCAUGUUCUUCGAGCCGAUGCUAACCAUCCCAUUGCACCGUAACUUCACGUUCUCGUUGCAACACCUGUCCCGAGCGGCCAUCACAUCGCGACUCACGUACGACUCGAUACACGCCAUUCAGCUGCCGAAGCGGCUCAAGAACUAUCUCAAAGAGUAUCACUACAAACAACAGGUUCGCGUCCGACGACUCGACGGCGAUCAUUGA